AUGGAAUCCUUGAGGCAUCAAGCAUCGCUUCCCGCCUGCUCCGCUGCGCAGGCUUCCGCUUCCCUUCCCCAAGCCACUCCGCGCGCGCGUCCUCCAGCGCUUCUCCGCGUUUCCCGAGUCGCUUCUCACCCUCCAGCGCGGAUAAUUGCUCGUGGGAGUCAGCAAAAGCUGCUCGCGCGUUUUCCGCUGCCUUCCCCUUCCCCCACCCUUUCCGCGCCGUCCAAUCCGUUCCGCACUGCCCGCGCGCCACAAAGCAGGCGCGCGCCCUUAAGGGCAGCAGCAGCGCGGGCGGAAGCAGUAACCAACGGUGGAGAUGCGGUGGGAGAUGGCGCGUCGGUUGAACGGACGGCUGCGAUCGGGAAAACAGCACCCAGGCGGCGAGACGCGAGCGGUGCGAGGAGAGGAAUCUGGAGGAGAGAAGGGUGGCAGGGGCCUGGGGGGCAGGGGAGGCAGGGGGUGCAGGGGCCUGGGGGAGUUUCGGAGGCUUUGGGGAAGGCGGAUGAGGGAAGGCGGAGGACUGCGGAUGAUGGUACAGAGGCAGGGAUAAGGACGGGGACAGCGGAUGCAGGGGGUGAAGGGGCAGCAGGGGAAACAGGGGGAACAGAAGCAGCAGGGGCAGGGACAGGGGCAGAUGCAGGGACAAGAGCUGUUGCUUCUGCCGCUGACCAGGGAGAUUGGAAUCAGGAGCGCGCUUUCCUGGCAGCUUCGACCGACUCUCUCACUAUUGACGCCAGAAGCUUCCGAGAUGUUGCCGCCCACUGUGCAAGCAGUUCUGCUCACUCUCUCUCCCAACCGCCACAAACGCCAGAAGCAGCACCAGCAGCAGGGGCAGCAGAAGCAGGGGCAACAGCAAGGGCAGCAGCAAGGGCAGAAGGGGCAGCAGCAAGAGGGGCGGUUGGAUGUGAGGGCGCUUGCGUCCUGGCUAAGGAGCGAUCACAGGCACUUCCACGCUGUGGUGAAGGUAGGGCGAAGCAGCGUGGAAGCUUCUCCAAUGCUUGGAAAACGACACGUGGGAAGCGGAAGCAGUGGCGGCAGAAAAAGGAGCGGAAGGAGCAGCAGCCGAUGCAGCAGCGAAGGCAAGAAGUGCUGGUGGUAGCAGCAACAGCAGCAGCAGCAGCAGCAGCAGCAGCAGCAGCAGCAGCAGCAGCAGCAGCAGCAGCAGCAGCAGCAGCAGCAGCAGCAGCAGCAGCAGCAGCAGCAGCAGCAGCAGCAGCAGCAGUGGCAUCAGUAGCAGAGGGGAGAGAUAGAGGGGGAGUGUGGCCCAUUACACUGAUGUGCUGGGUGCGAGAGGCAGAGGGAUUGGUGCUGACACUUCGCGACAAGGGGAGAGUGUGGGAGGGAUGGGAAGGAGCAGGGGGAGACAUGGCACUGGAUGUGCUUGGUGAUAGUAAAGAGCAAGUAGAUGCCUCAGGAGGAGCACAAGGAGGAGGGAGGGGUGUGAAACCGGAUGUCUAUUCAUUCAGUGUGCUGCUGGGGGCGUAUGCGAGGGAGGGUGAUUGGAGGAGGGCGGAGGCGGCAUGGGGUGACAUGGAGGCUUGUGGUGUGGAGGGCAGUGACGUGGCUGCAUGCAAGCCCACCAUUCAAAAGGGGCGAAAGGGGUCGCUCAGCGGCAGUGCGUUGGAGUUUGCGAGUGUGACGGCCAUGCGAGCAGCUGCAGCAGGCAGGGCGCCAUGGGCCGUGGUGAAAGGGGUGUUCUGUGGCUUGUGCGACAAGAUGGGGGCACACAAUGUUUCGGUGAGUGGGAAUGAUGGUCCGGUACGGGCGUUGAGCGAGUGUCUCCACGCGUGCCAGCUCGCGCUGUCACCUCCUCCCCUUCCCCAUCACCCCCGCCCCUUCCGCUGUCAGAGCCACUACGGCCCCGUGAACCCAAAGUGUCCUUACCCCCCGCCUCAACCGCCCCAUGCGUGCAGCUGGCGCUGCCACCAUCUCUCCUCCCAUCACUCCCUCAUCUUUCCGUGCCAUUGCCCCUACUGCCGCAAUGACCCCCCCUGGUGGUACCUGCAGCUCCGGGCAUUCAAUGAGUAUCUCCACGUGUGCCAGCUGGCGCUGAUGCCCGCAGCCGCCCUCCCUGAGAUGAUUGCCGGGCUCCGGUGGAUAGCACAGGCCGUCACUGUUGAUGGUGGUGAUAGUAACGGUGGCACUGUUCAUGGUGGUGCGCUGCACAUACUGCCGGACGCCGCCACCCUCAACACGCUGAUGCUGGCAAUGAGACGAGCCAACCGGGCGGCAGCAGGACUACUGCUGUAUGACCUGCUGACAGGGAGGGAGGAGGAGGAGGGAAGCAUAGAGAGGGAGGUGUUGGUGAGGGGGAAGGGGGAUGGAAAGAGAGAUGUGGAGUUGCUGAAAGGGGGUGAUGGUGAGGGCAGCGAGGGGGGUGGAGGGGAGAGGGAGGGGAAGAGGAGUGGCGGGUUGACUGGUUUGACUUUGGGAGACUGGGCUGAAUUCGGGCGAACAGGCCGGCUGCUGAUGCUGGAGAGGCAGCUUCAAGGAAUUGAAAAGAGGAAGGCAGAGAAAAGGGACACAGGGGACUGUCCGGGAGAGAAGGGAGCGAGGAAGGUUCAGAGGGCUUGGGAAGAGGAGGAGAGGGGAGUGAGAGAGCUGCUGGGGAUGCUUGAAGCAGCUCGAGUAGUGACUCGUGAGUCAACCCGUAAGAAUGAAGCAGCAGCAGCAGCGCAAGGCUACAAGGUGACUUUUGAGUCAACUCAAAAGUCACCUCGUGCAGUGACUCGUGAGUCAACUCGGAAGGUUAGAGCAGCAGCACGGCAAGGCUACAGAGGGGGGAGUGUUGAUAGCGGCAGUGGUGGCAGCAGUGCCAGCAGUGUCAGGGGUAAUUGUGCUUAUAACGGGGAUCUGCCAGAAGGCGUUGACUGGCAGAGAAGAGUGUGUGUCAAGCCGGACUGUGUGACUGUAACGGAGGUGAUUCUAGCGAAGGUGGCGCUAGGCCAGGAUGAAGGCGCGUUGGAGUUCCCUCCGCCCCUGCAUUUCUCACGCCCCUCUUUUAUGACCCUUUCUCCUUCCCCGCCCUUGCCUCUUCCCCCCCCCCCUCCCAGCAUCCGCCCCACACCAGUGUGCCUGACAGGCAUGGUGGCAAUGAUGGCACGAGCAACAGCAGACAGCCAAUGGAACCCCUCUCAUGCUCCCCCUCCCUUGCUUUCCCCCCAACCCCUCUCUCCCAGCAUCCGCCCCACACCAGCGUGCCUGACAGGCAUAGUGGCAGUGAUGGCACGGGCGGGGAGGGGCGAGCGGGCACAGCAGGUGACAGAGCGAGCAGUGGCAUCCGGCAUUGUGCUGCAGCAGCAGACAGCCAACGCGCUGCUGGAUGCUCUGGCGUCCACAGGGGAUGUGCGACGCACUGCUGCCCUCUUCUCGCGCCUCUUCCUCCCCUCUGGAAACCCUCUCCUUCAAGAUUCCCAGAAGAAGGGUCUGAAAACCUCCUUGCAGGCAGACACGUUCUCUUACAACGCGUUGCUGAAAGCACAUGCCAGACGGCUGCAGCAGUCGGCGGGAGCAGUGGGAUCUGUGCAGUUGAUGCAGUCAGUGCAGUCUAUGCUGUACGCACCCUCACUAGAAGCACUGCGGGAUGCUGACGAGGCAUCUUCCCUCCUCGAUAUAAUCACAUCGCACAGCUACCACAGCAGCCGAUUCUUCCCCCUCUGGUGCUCCCACAUCGUGGGGGCAUGUGUGGGGCGCGGGGGAGAGGGGGAGGUGGGGAGGGAGGACGUGCGGAGAGGCAUGGAGGUGUAUGGAAGGAUGAGGGAGAUAGAGAGGGAGGAGGAUGGAGCGUUGGAGAAAGUGAUUUGGACUCUGCUGCGAGCUUGCGAGGAGGUGGGACUGUGGCAAGAAGCAAAGCAACUGCUAGAGGACUACCGGUCCCUCAGGCAGGCCUUACAGGCCAAUGCUUGUCGUCCCUUUGAUGAGAGUGGCCCCGGCACACCAGACGAUCUCAUGUUCAUCCACCAGCACUUGAGCAACGGGGGCUGGCUAGGCAAGGUGCCUCAGUCUCUAGUCACAUAUCGCUUCCACACGGCAUCCGUGACAGGCUCACGAGGCUGCCCCUGGGAGAGUAUCUGGGAGCAGCGGGUUAAACACCUUGAAGCACAGAUUCUUUCGGGGCCUAGCAGCUCUAGCUGGAAAGAAUUCACAAUCUGGAAUGCUGGCAAAGAGGGCAGGAGACUCUACCGCUCGCUCUCCCCAUCAAACCAAGCCAAG